AUGGAGGAAAAGAAGACGAAAAAGAAGCAGCUGAUGGGAUCACUCCGGUCAAUUUUCCGGCACGCUGACUGGGUUGACAAACUGUUGAUGCUUGUCGGCUUCUUAGGAGCUGUUUGUGACGGCCUGUCAAUCCAGGUAUCAGUCUUCACUAUGGGUAGACCCGUGAACAUCAUUGGAACAUCAGAAUCUUUACCAUCUGAUCAACAACAACAUAAUUCCAUGAAUAACAUUAUCAAGAAUUCGCUGGUUUUCUGUUACAUAGCAUUUGGGCAGUGGAUUGCUUGCUUUCUUGAGGGUUAUUGCUGGGCAAGAACAGCAGAGAGGCAAGUGUCUAGCAUGAGAACGGCAUAUUUGAAGGCAGUGCUCAGACAAGAAAUUGCCUACUUCGACUUGCGUGUUACAGAUACAGCCGAAGUCGUUGCCAAUAUUUCCAAUGAUAGUCUUGUCAUUCUGGAUUUUAUCAGUGAAAAGGUACCAAGGUUCGUGUCGAAUCUAUCGACUUCUAUAGGGGCUUAUGUUGCUGCUUUUUUUAUGCUCUGGAGACUAGCCAUUGUUGGUUUUCCAUUCAUAGUAUUUCUGGUAAUUCCGGGUGUGGUGUAUGGGAGAAUUCUAAUGAGCAUUUCCAGGAAGUUGAGGGAAGAAUAUAAUAAGGCGGAUACGAUCGUGGAGCAAGCAAUCUCUUCCACCCGAACAGUUUAUUCCUUUAUGACAAGUAAAUUGGGAUGGCGACAAGGUUCAGUAAAAGGCUUAGCUGUUGGCAGUAAUGCCAUAGUGUUUGCAGUUUGGGCUUUCAUGUCAUAUUAUGGAAGCAGAUUAGUCAUGUACCAUGGUGCUAAAGGAGGAACCGUUUUCGCAGUUACUACUGUCCUAGUUUUUGGAGGAUUUUGUAUAUCUAACUUGGAUUCCUAUUCGGAAGCCGGUGCAGCAGCUGAACGCAUCAUGGAAAUUAUAGAAAGAGUUCCCAAAAUUGAUUCAGACAGCAUUUACAAUUUGCCUGGAACUAUUGCUUUGCUCCAAAGGUUUUAUGACCCAAUUCGCGUGUAUUUCCUACACGAUCAUGAAGAGAUCAAGAAAAUGACAAAAAUAUAUUGUAUCACUUUGGUGGCAUUGAUACUGUUUGCAAUCCUUGUCAACAUAUGCCGGCAUUAUAACUUUGCAUCUAUGGGAGAGAGGUUGACAAAUAGGAUCAGAGAAAUUAUGCUCUCAAAGAUCCUCACUUUUGAAAUCGGAUGGUACGAUCGAGAUGAAAACGCAACGGGGACCAUUUGCUCCAGAUUGGGGAAAGAUGCAAAUACGGUGAGGUCAUUAGUGAUAGAUCGAAUGGCACUUCUCAUCGGAACUUUUUCGACUGUGACCAUUGCCUGUUUGAUAGGGUUCUUCAUUUCAUGGAGGCUAGCUUGGGUGAUGAUAGUUGUUCAACCUCUGGUCAUUAUUUCCUUCUACUUAAGGCAUGGCCUACUCAAAACCCUGUCGAAGAAAGCCAUCAAAUUCCAAGAAGAAAGUAGCAAGAUUGCAGCUGAAGCAGUGACAAAUAUUCGGACAGUUUCCUCCUUCAAUGCUCAAGCGCUAAUUCUUCAAAUACUGGAGAAAGCCCAAGAAAGCCCUCGAAAAGAAAGUAUUCGACAAGCCUGGUUUGCUGGCGUCGCGCUCGGCACAUCUGCAACUCUCUUGAAAUUAUGUUGGGCUCUUGAUUAUUGGUACGGGUGGUAA